AUGGCGAGCGCCCAGCAGAGCCGUGACAUUUACUUCGGCGCCAUUAUCCAACAGAAAAGCUACGAGUUUCGAAUCGUCGGUUUGAGCAUUGACGGAUGCACCUGCUUCUAUCAAGAUUUUGAGAAACUGGAUUGCUUGGUUACAUUCCUGGGAAUUUGGGCAAGACGAUAA